CCUUUUGUUUUCUAGAUGGAAUGACUCUUCAUUGUUGAAUGCAUCCUGCCUAUUUGCUAGUGUUUACCUGUGGCAACGCCUUGUCUUUUGGGUUGAAGCCACUUUGUGGCAGACUGAAUUGUGUAUCACAGAAUUUCAAAGGUGCUUGACGCAGAGGAGACAGCUGGAUCACGUUAACCUGACAUCACAGCCACAAUGGUGCUGUCACAGAGGCAACGAGAUGAGCUAAAUCGAGCAAUAGCAGAUUAUCUUCGUUCUAAUGGCUAUGAAGAAGCAUACUCUGUUUUUAAAAAGGAAGCGGAGCUUGAUGUGAAUGAAGAAUUAGAUAAGAAAUAUGCUGGACUCUUGGAAAAAAAAUGGACAUCAGUUAUAAGAUUACAAAAGAAAGUUAUGGAAUUAGAAUCCAAAUUAAAUGAAGCUAAAGAAGAAUUUACAUCAGGUGGACCUCUUGGUCAGAAGCGAGAUCCUAAAGAAUGGAUUCCCCGUCCUCCAGAAAAGUACGCAUUAAGUGGGCACAGGAGUCCAGUCACAAGAGUAAUUUUCCAUCCAGUUUUCAGUGUUAUGGUCUCUGCUUCAGAGGAUGCCACAAUAAAGGUAUGGGAUUAUGAGACAGGUGAUUUUGAACGCACCCUGAAGGGCCACACAGAUUCUGUGCAGGAUAUUUCCUUCGACCAUAGUGGCAAGCUAUUGGCCUCUUGUUCUGCAGACAUGACCAUUAAGUUAUGGGAUUUCCAGGGCUUUGAGUGCAUCAGAACCAUGCAUGGACAUGAUCAUAAUGUUUCUUCAGUAGCCAUCAUGCCCAAUGGGGAUUAUAUAGUAUCUGCUUCAAGGGAUAAAACCAUCAAAAUGUGGGAAAUUCAAACAGGCUACUGUGUGAAGACUUUCACGGGGCAUCGAGAAUGGGUCCGCAUGGUACGGCCUAACCAGGAUGGCACGCUGAUUGCCAGCUGUUCUAAUGACCAGACUGUGCGUGUCUGGGUGGUAGCAACAAAGGAGUGCAAAGCUGAACUUAGAGAACAUGAGCAUGUAGUAGAGUGUAUUUCCUGGGCUCCUGAGAGCUCCUAUUCCACCAUAUUGGAAGCUACAGGAUCUGAGACUAAGAAGAGUGGUAAGCCUGGGCCUUUCCUGCUUUCUGGAUCCAGAGACAAGACCAUUAAGAUGUGGGACAUUAGUACUGGCAUGUGCCUUAUGACACUUGUGGGCCAUGAUAACUGGGUACGUGGUGUCCUGUUCCACUCUGGUGGUAAAUUUAUUUUGAGCUGUGCCGAUGAUAAGACCUUACGUGUCUGGGACUACAAGAACAAAAGAUGCAUGAAGACUCUUAAUGCGCAUGAACAUUUUGUUACCUCGUUGGAUUUCCACAAGACAGCGCCCUAUGUGGUCACUGGCAGCGUAGAUCAAACAGUAAAAGUGUGGGAGUGCCGUUGAUUGAAUUUACAUCUGACCCCCUCCCCUUCCUCUCCCUCUGGAUGCACUCGGAUACCAUGGUUACCCACUGAGCUCUGUUUAAAAUAAAUAUUGUCCUUUCAUGUAAAUUAUUCUGGAUGUAGAUUGAGCUUAUUAAAUGUUACACACAAAGUAUUCAUGCAUGGUGAAUCCAAAUUGUAUACUGUAAAUUUACAUACGUUGUCUAGAAGUACCAUAGGUUUCAGAAUUUGGGCUGGUAUUGGUCACAUCAGACCUAAGAAGGCAGAAGCUGGUUGGUUGAAUUAGGGGCACUUAAACUGGUGACAGCAAAAUCAUUCUGUGCUGGAUAAGCUGAAUCCCCAACUCUACUGUUGGUGGUGCCUAUUACUAAGUGACUCAUAUGGGGUUCUUUUUCCGGGGGGUGGGGGAGGGUUCUUUCAGAAACACGUAUCUCUGUAACAUCACUUAAGUAUGCUUAAGAAAUCUAAGGAUACUAGAUUUAAAAAAAGCUGCAAUUUAGAAUCUUAAAUGUAAUUAAUGGAAACAAAUAAAAUUUCUGGUUUUUUUUCUGUCAUGGUAUUUGCCAAAUCAAUAGGAUAUAUUUUUAUUUUGGUUUCCUAUCACGUUUUAAAAAAAAGAAGAAAAAAGUUAGUAUGUUCAUACUAACAAGCUGCAAUAUAGGAAGAGAACCUUGGUAUGAUGUGUGUGUAUUUUUUUUUUCUUCAUUUGGUUGUUGGACUUCCUUGCGUUCUAACAUUUGAUGCUUCACGCAAAACCUGUUGUAGGAGGCUGCCAGUCUUGCUCUCACUUAGCUACCACUUGGAGCAGUUAGAUGUAAAUCUCCCAGUUGACUCCUGAGGGUUCAGCCAUGUCUUUCUGUUGGCUUCAAUUAUGGUUUUAGGUUUGUGCAAAGCCAACAGUAUGGAAAGCCGUCACCUCUCUCCCCACCUCCCCCCCCAAAAACACCUGCUGGGUGUAUAUUAAGUGGGACAGUUCUGCACCCCCCUCCUUUUCCAGUUAGUAACUUCUCAAAGCAAGUGAUCACAGAUUUCUGAACGUUUUGUGGAGAACGUAGCAAGCUCUACUACAAAAAGAAAUUACAGCAAAUGAAAAAGGGCUAUAUGCUAACCGAUAGCUUGCAAGCUUCUAGAUGAUUUCACAACCACAUUUUCUUCCUUAAAGCCCCUCAACCUACUCUUCUUGAGGAAAUGCAAGCUGCAGUAUCUUAUUUCAGUGUGGAAAAAUUUGAAGAAAAGCCCUAAUUGUCCCCAAUGCCGAUCUGAAGUAAUAGAUGCACUGACCCCAUUUAUCAGCAUUAUGGGUCAACUCCUGUUUUACACCAUAAAGUCCAAUCUUAACUAAUCAGGCGUAUCUUUUUUUCCCCCCAAAUCCACUUCAUAUUAAUGGAACAAGCUGCCAAUUGGACAUUUUUUUUAUAAUAUUUUUAUUAGCCAAUUGGACAUCUUUUAACAGACAAAGGUAUUUGCUUUUAUUUGUUCUGUGGCUUUUAACAAACAAACAAAAAGCAAAACAAUGUGUCCCUUUAAAAAAAGUAACACGCUUUUGGAGGAUUGAAAUGCAUGUCAAGAGAAAGAAGGCAAGAUCAUACAGACACACGUUGGUUUACCCUAUUGAUUUUUUUUUUUUUUUUAAUGUUGGGGGCAUUUGGGUUUCUUACCCAGGAACUAGGAGACCAAAGGCAGUUUGAGGGUAGAGGCCAGGCUGGAGUGCUCUGUCUCUGGAGACUUCAGUGACAUUUUAUGAUCAGUAAGAACUUUCUGCGAUUGGACCUUGGAUGUUGGAGGCCUUCUACUUUAAAGUGAUGGCUACUUUGAAGUGUUUUUUGAGCACGUAACAAUACCUGUUAGCAGCUGAAAAGUAGUUCUUGGCCCAAUGUAGUGAUUCUUAAGAUUUUUUUAAAAGUUAAAGUAUGUAUGUAUUUGCAUAAUCAGUGAAACAAGGGUAUCUUACUAAUGGGAGCUUACCACUGUUGUUUUUUUUUUCCGUUGAAACAGCAAGCAGGGAUUGAAGCAAACUUGUUCUUUCUUCAAUUAGUUUGGGGAAAAAGAACUUGCUUCAAAGAAGCUAGAACUUGCAAAUUUGCCACUUAAUUGGUAGUCCAUCUACAGUAAGCAGUGAAUUCUCAGGGAUGGUUGUGGGUUUAACUAGCUGUUAAAGCCACAUUUUAAACACAAAACUAAACGGGAAAGAAGUUCACUGUUGAAGCAUUUGGUUAUUCAAAAAUGGGCAAAGUGGCUAAAAAGCACCAGAUUUCUAUACAGACAGUUCUCCGUGUCUGUUCAGUUGCAGGCAGUUUCUCUUGAACCAUUCCAGAACUGCAUGAGCUGAGACUGUGCCCGGGAAAAGUCCUAGAUCCAUCUCCCCCACCCCACUUUUUGGUUCUUUUAUCUGAAAAAAGUGCAACUUUUUUUUUUUUUGGGGUAGUUGGAACACAAUCCAAAAACUUAACUCUUGGAGCAACCUGCACUUUACAUUUUUUUGUUUUAAAAGCCGUCCUGCUUUUGUGUGUGGUGUGACCAAUGAUGUGCCCAGAGCACUAAUAAUGAAAAAUUUAAAAAAACACAAAAACAAAAGACUAGUUGCUAGCAAGUUGUCAAGAGCUGUGGAGCACUGUAGUAUUUUGAAAGCUUUGGCGAUUGCUUCACUGCCCCUGGCCCAGCUCCCUUGAAUCUGUUUCCAGGUCUGUCCUGUCAGCUGCUCUUUCUGUUUGCCUCUUACCUUCCUUUAUGUCAGUUGAACAGUUGGUCAAAUUAUUCUUAAAUGGCCUUUUCUCUUUCCCCUCUUUGCCUGAUCCCAUUAUUCCACUGCCCAGUCCAUGAAAGCUAUUUAAAAUGAUAAUGUUUUGCGUGGGUUUCACACACAGUUGUGACUUGGAAAUCCUGAAAUGAGGUUUGGAAUGCAAAAUGGACAGAAUUGGAAAGGAAAUGGAUCCUCUUUUAUGAUUUCACAGUUACGUAUUUUUUUAAAAAUGCCCAGGGUACUAGCUACUACAAAUCUCUCUCGAUGAUGGUGUAUAAAGUUAGAAAAAGUGGUUGCGGAGAAAAUGGGGUAAAGGUGAUAAAAAUGUUGAGUUGGAUUUAGCAAGUCGCAACUGGAUGUUAAGUGGGCUCCCCGUUCUUCCUUUUUUUCUCUGUCCCUAUAACUGCUUUCUUGUCCUAAGCACAUCCUUUGAAUUUUCCAAAGUUCUUUCUGGCGGUAAUUAGCAAAAUUGUCGAUGUUUUAGAAGUUUGAUCCUGACACUGACAAGAAGACAAGAGUCUUUUUUUUUUUUUAAUCCAGUAAGAGCGAUGUAGAAAUUGCUAUUGGAGAACUUUUUUCCUCACCCCCAGAAUGUAGGAGUUAACUGAAGAUAUUGACACAAUUAAAAUUAAAAAAAAAA